AGCCUUGUUCUAAAAUAGAUUAAAUCCCCUCAUCAACCUACACACAAUACCUCAUAAUGACAAAGAAAAAAAAUGUUUUUAGAAAUUUUUGCAAAUUUUUGAAAUAUUACAUUUACGUCAGUAUUCAGACCCUUUACUCAGUCUUUGUUGAGGCACCUUUGGCAGCAAUCACAGUCUUGGGUAUGACGGUACAAGCUUGGCAGACCUGUAUGUGGGAGGUUUCUCCCAUUCUUCUAUGCAGAUCCUCUCAAGCUCUGUACUUUAUUCUGUUCAUCUUUCCCUCAAUCCUGACUAGUCUCCCAGUCCCUGCCACUGAAAAAUAUCCCACAGCGUGAUGCUUCCACCACCAUGCCCCCUUAGGGAUGGUGCCAGGUUUCCUCCAGACGUGAUGCUUGAUAUUCAGGCUAAAGAGUAAAAUCUUGGUUUCAUCAAACCAGAGCAUCUUGUUUCCCAUGGUCUUGAGUCUUUAGGUGCCAUUUGGCAAACUCCAAGUGGGCUGUCAAGUAGAUUUUACUGAGGAGUGGCUUCCUUCUGGCCGCUUUACCAUAAAGGCCUGAUUAGUGGAGUGCUGCAGAGAUGGUUGUCCUUCUGGAAAGUUCCCCUAUCGACAGAGGAACCCUGGAGCUCUGUCAGAGUGACCAUUGGGUUCUUGAUAACCUCCCCGACCAAGGCCCUUCUCCCCCGAUUGCUCAGUUUUGCCUUGGUGGUUACAAACAUCUUCCAUUUAAGAAUGAUGGAGAUCACUGUGUUCUUGAAACCUUCAAUGCUGCGGACAUUUUUGUACCCUUCCGCAGAUCUGUGCCUCGACACAAUCCUCUCUCGGAGCUCUUCGGACAAUUCCUUUGACCUCAUGACUUGGUUUUUGCUCUGACAAGCACUGUCAACUGUGGGACCUUUACAGUUGAAGUCGGAAGUUUACAUACACCACAAAUUUCUUGUUAACAAACUAUAGUUUUGGCAAGUUGGUUAGGACAUCUACUUUGUGCAUGGCACAAGUAAUCACAAUUCCAGUGGGUCAGAAGUUGACAUACACUAAGUUGACUGUGCCUUUAAACAACUUGGAAAAUUCCAGAAAUGUAUGUAAUGGCUUUAGAUGCUUCUGGUGGACUAAUUGUCAUCAUUUAAGUCAAUUGGAGGUGUACCUGUGGGUGUAUUUCAAUGCCUACCUUCAAACUCAGUGUCUCUUUGCUUGACAUCAUGGGAAAAUCAAAAGAAAUCAGACAAUACCUCAGGGGGAAAAUAUGUAGACCUUCACAAGUCUGGUUCAUCCCUGGGCGCAAUUUCCAAAUGCCUGAAGGUACCACGUUCAUCUGUACAAACAAUAGUACGCAAGUAUAAACACCAUGGGACCACGCAGCCGUCAUUCUGUCUCCUAGAGAUGAACGUACUUUGUUGCGAAAAGGGCUAAUCAAUCCCAGAACAACAGCAAAGGAUCUUGUGAAGAUGCUGGUGGAAACCGGUACAAAAGUAUCUAUAUCUACAGUAAAAUGAGUCCAAUAUCGACAUAAUCUGAAAGGCACCAAAGCAAGGAAGAAGCUGCCAUAAAAAAAGACAGACUACGGUUUGCAACUGCACAUGGGGACAAAGAUUGUACUUUUUGUAGAAAUGUCCUCUGGUCUGAUGAAACAAAAAUAGAUCAGUUUGGUCAUAAUGACCAUCGUUAUGUUUGGAGGAGAAAGGGGGAGGCUUGCAAGCCAAAGAAUACCAUCCCAACUUUGAAGCACGGGGCUAGCAUCAUCAUGUUGUGGGGGUGCACUUCACAAAAUAGAAGGCAUCAUGAGGAUGGAACAUUAUGUGGAUAUAUUGAAGCAAAUCUCAAGACAUCAGUCAGGGUCUUCCGAAUGGACAAUGACCCCAAGCAUACUUCCAAAGUUGUGGCAAAAUGGCUUAAGGACAUCAAAGUCAAGGUAUUGGAGAGGCCGUCACAAAGCCCUGACCUCAAUCCUAUAGAAAAUGUGUGGGCAGAACUAAAAGAGCUUGUGCGAAAAAGGAGGCCGACAAACCUGACUCGGUUACACCAGCUCUGUCAGGAAGAAUGGGCCAAAAUUUUCCCAACUUUUUGUGGGAAACUUGUGGAAGGCUACCCAACACAUUUGACCCAAGUUAAACAAUUUAAAGGCAAUGCUACCAAAUACUAAUUGAGUGCAUGUAAACUUCUGACCCACUGGGAAUGUGAUGAAAGAAGUAAAAGCUGAAAUAAAUCAUUCUCUUUACUAUUAUUCUGACAUUCUCCAUUCUUAAAAUAAAGUGGUGAUCCUAACUGACCUAAAACAGGGAAUCUUUACUAGUAUUAAAUGUCAGGAAUUGUGAAACUGAGUUUAAAUGUAUUUGGCUAAGAUGUAUGUAAACUUCCGACUUCAACUGUAAAUAGACAGGGGUGUGUGUGCCUUUCCAAAUAAUGUCCAAUCAAUUGAAUUUACCACAGGUGGACUCCAAGUUGUAGAAACAUCUCAAGGAUGAUCAAUGGAAACAGGAUGCAGCAGAGCUCAUAGCAAAGGGUCUGAAUAUCAAUGUAAAUUAGGUAUUUCUGUUUUUUAUUUUAAAUACAUUUGCAAACAUUUCUAAUCCUAUUUUCGCUUUGUUAUUGGGCAUUGAGUGUUGAUUAAUUAGGAAUUUUAUUUGAUCCAUUUUCGAAUAAGGCUGUCAAGAGGUUUGAGUACUUUCUGAAUGCACUAUACUGUAUAUACCCUUGAGAGGGUUAAUCAUUCAGACACAUGGUUUUACUGCCCUGGGAAUAUGAGUCCCUGGACUGGAUUCAGCCAGCAGGGGAAAUAUUUAACCAACGAAAUGAUUUAAACACCUUCGUUUAUUAAUUGAUAGGCUAUAGGCCUAUAGUAUAUUGUGUUAUUAAUGCAGAUGGGUAUCUCAUAUUUUAUGUGUAUCGACAUAUGGCAUAUUAUUGCUUUAUUAAAACAUUUUGAGAAGAGAUGUAACGUUCCAUUUCGAAUGGAUUAUGAAUAGGCUGUGGAUGGAUUAUCCUGGAGCAACUGAACGGGUAUAGUCAUCUGGCUCUCAGGACGCAUCUUUGCAGACAUGAACCAACCUAAUUCUUGGCCAGACGAUGCCGAGCAGAUUCCUCAGAUCUCAAUUUGAACCUGAUGUCGGCUCAAGCCGGACUAUGCGCCCUUUUCUGUUAUUUUUCAUCGUGCAAUUAAUAUCCUGUGCCGGUGUGCCUGAUAUUGUAGCCAUGAUGUUUAUUCGCCAAAGUCAACGCCAAUCGUAUGGAUGUAGUUAUUGAUGUGUAACACACUAUACAGUACCACUUCAAUAAAAACACACCCUUUUUAGGCAUUAUUCAAUUAGUGAUAUAGCUGCGGUGUAUCCAUUCUCUGUAAAACAGUAACCACAUUUGCGUCCCUCAAUCGACUAUUUAGUCUUCUGUAAAACACGGUUAGAUUCCAGGGGAGACUAGAGUAUGACGUCAUGUUACGCGGACCAUAAAAAGAAUGGAAAGCAAGAGCAAUGCUGACGUACUUUAAGUCACUCUUGCAUUAGGCUAUAUUUCUAUAAGUCACACUGAGCCAUUAAUAUGACGACUCUCUUAUUAUAACUCUUACAUUUUACAAUUUUGAAUGAAUAUGCAGAGAUGUCUGAGUGGAAUGGGGUACUAUUCUGGUCUAAGGCGCUCCUGGCCCUUUAAGAGCGGAGGGAGGGUGUUCUGAACCGCUUGGCUGCGGUGUUUUUGUCUCUAUGUCAGCGAGCGCUCCUGGCCCAAGACGUCUGAACGGAUUUAUAAGGAUAGGUGCUGACCGUGAGAAAGAAGGGAGGGGUGCUAGAGAGGAGAGAAGAGAAGCCAGAGUGAGGAGAUUGGGGAGGAGAGACCAACCCUGCAGCACACCGAGCAGCUGGUGAGGUUUUGUGGGUAGACGUGUGACAUCAUGGCUCAGGUGCUGCACAUGGACCCCAGCUUCCCAGGAGGGAAGCUUACCCCGUCCGCUCCCCCCUCCCUGCACGGGAAGGAGCAGGAGGCGCCCUACUCUGUGGAGACCCCCUACGGCUACCGUCUGGACCUAGACUUCCUCAAGUAUGUCAACGACAUUGAGAAGGGAAACACCAUCAAGAAGGUCCCCGGUCAGCGCCGGCCCCGCUACGGGUCACUCCCCCGGGGGUACGGCUACACAGGCUCCUGGUGGACCUCCACAGAGUCCCUGUGCUCCAACACCAGCCAGGACAGUCGCCAAUCAUCCUUCUCCUACUGCGCCCCGGGCUAUCACCCACACAACUCCCACUCCCAGAGGCCCAGCUUCAGCACGGCCCGGGUGGAGAAGACCCUGCUGGACGCCCGCAGGAAGUUGGAGGAAGAGAAAGAAGGGGGCCCCAGGAGGUUCUCCAGCACACUUGGUAGCAUGCACAACAGCAUGGCCGGAUCCACCACCUCCCUGAGCAGUGCCCACAGCUACAACCGCACCCAUGGAGGAGGAACGGGCUCCUUCACCCCCAUGAGCUCCGGCCUGUCCACGCCCGUGUCGCCCACCCCGGCCCACCUGCAGCAUGUAAGAGAGCAGAUGGCGGUGGCUCUGAGGAAGAUCCGGGAGCUGGAGGAGCAGGUGAAGACCAUCCCCGUGCUACAGGUGAAGAUCUCUGUGCUGCAGGAGGAGAAGAGGCAGCUAAGCGUCCAGCUGAAGAGCCAGAAGUUUCUGGGACACACCCUUGGCUUCGGCAGAGUGGGCCGGCCCCGAGGGGAGCUCUACAUCGACAUCCCAGAGGAGGAGGUGAGCUCUGGAGCUGGAGCCACCACCAGGGUUGCAGCAGGGCCUCUGUCCCCCACCACCCCCACCACCCCUGAGGACUCCAGGCCGCAGGCAGACUCAGGCUGUGAGAUUGAGGACACAGUGAUAGUGGGUGGAGCGCGGCCGGCUGGGCAGAGGGAAGUGCGUACCAUUGGGGUGGGACCAGAGGAGGCGAGGGGCAGCCAGCAGGUGGAUGUGGGCAUUGGGGUGCAGGAGCAGGACCUGGGGCUGGUGCCGGAGACAGAGGCCCUGAAGAGCCAGGUGGGCCAGCUGAAGGGCCAGCUGAAGAGUACGAUGCAGGAGCUGCAGGCUGCCCAGCAGCAGGUGCAGGCAGCUAAGAGGGAGAGGCAGGCUCAGGCCCCCCAGGCAAACCACUCGGUCAGGGCCACCAGUCUGAGCUGGCAGGAGCAGCAGGGACACAGCCUGCAAACGGUAGUCAGCUUUACCCAGCAGCCCCAUCACCGGGCACAGAGGUCUGUGGGAAUCCAGGUGUACACGCUGGAGCAACCAGCCACUGUGGUGGGGGUGGGCACGUUGCUCCGAGCAGAGGGGUGCAGUUCCACCUCCCUCCCUCCAGGUGGUACAGUCCUGGAGGGAACCCACAGAGGACAUGCACAGGCCCUGGGCCCAGAGGAUGCAGCUGUUGAACUGCCCAUCGCCAUCUCCUCCAAACAGGUCCGAGAGGUCCUAAGAAGUGAGCUGUCCACCUCUGUGCCUGUCACUAGUCCUGCCAUCGCCAUUGAUACCAUUGGUAAUCAGAUGGCUUUGCUGCAUCUGAAGGAAGGAGAGACACCCCAGCACACUGCCAUAAACACUGUCCAGUCUCAAGAAGACCCAUCAAAGCCAGCUGCAGCAGCCUCUCCCCAGACCGCCCUGAGGUCCAUUAUGAAACGUAAGGCAGAAGGAGAACCUGGCUCUCCAUCCACCAAGAAGAACCUGCAGUUCACUGGAGUCAAUGGAGGGUAUGAGUCCACCUCGUCAGACGACAGUAGCAGUGAGAGUUCAGAGGAGAGUGAUGCCAGUGAAUAUCAUGAGACCACAGAGAAACUCCCAGAAGCACCAGAGUCUGCAGCGGGACGGCACCAGCAAGCAGCAGCAGUCCCAGUCUCCUCCACAAGGCCAGAGCAUGUCACUCCGCUCCCAGCCACCACCGUCCAACCCCCAGCCUGCGAACCUGCCUCUGAGCAGAGCACCAGCCAAUCAGCAACCGUAAGCAUAGGACUGCAGCAAGUAGCCACCUUAUCACCAGCCUUGAACACUGCCGUGCAACAAUGUGCCUCUGACUCUGCUCCCACUGAGACGACCUACCCGUCUCCAGCCAAUGACUAUGUCCGUCAGGGGAGUAUUGUCCAAUCAUCGGUCCCAGACCCCAUCCCUCAGGAGUGUACCUCCAUAAAUACUAGCACUGAACCCACUACACCUGAGCAGUGCACCGUGCAAUCAGCUGCUACCUGUUCUGCACCCCCCAAGCCACCCAGAUGCCAACCAGAAGCCACUAACCCGGAAGUAAAGCAGGGUGUCACCCAAUCAAAUACCACUGAUGUCACCGUUCAGCUCGAUGCCAUCAAAUCACAAACUACUGACCUCGCCCCUCAGCAUUGGGCCACCCAAUCAUCAGCUACUGAACAAAGCUCCCAGCAGAGGAGAGUCCAGUCACCAGCCUCGACACCAACACCUGGAAACGCCCCAAGUGCUACUGGAGCAGCCAAUCAAGAAACCAGCCUGGAGUUCAGUGAGAGCCUGAUGGCAUCUCUCCAUGCCCUGCAGAAAGCCCUGGGUGAACCCAAUGCGUUCAGCCAGCAAGCAGCAAGGACAGCCUACACCACGGUGCUCCAGGAGUGGCUUCGUGUGUCCUGUCACAAGGCAGCUGACACUGCCAUGGUCAGGGCCUAUAUGGAUACCUUCUCCUCCGUCUCCCCACAGCUGCUGAAGUUUGUGGUCAAUAUGGCCGACGGCAACGGCAACACGGCCCUGCACUACACAGUCUCCCACUCCAACUUCCCUGUGGUCAAGCUGUUGCUGGACACUGGCCUGUGCAACGCUGACAAGCAGAACAAGGCCGGGUACACAGCCAUCAUGCUGACAGCUCUGGCUGCCUUCCACUCUGACAGUGACCUUCACACGGUCCUGCAGUUGCUGCGCACAGGGGACGUGAACGCCAAAGCCAGCCAGGCGGGUCAGACGGCGUUGAUGCUGGCAGUGAGUCACGGGCGAGGGGACAUGGUACGGGCGCUGCUCUCCUGCGGGGCACAGGUCAACAUCCGCGACGACGACGGCUCCACGGCUCUCAUGUGUGCCUGCGAGCACGGCCACGUCGACAUCGUGCGUCAGCUGCUGUCUGUGCCAGGCUGUGAUGUCACCCUCACUGAUAACGAUGGCAGUUCAGCCCUGUCCAUAGCCCUGGAGGCCAGUCAGAAUGACAUCGCUGUGCUUCUCUACGCUCACCUCAACUUCGCCAAGCCUCCUUCCCCUGUAUCACCAAAGUCUCCUCUUUUGGGAUCCUCUCCCCCCUCUGGUGAAACAAAGUGACCACACUGUAAGAUACCUUUUGGAGAAUUUAGCAGCCCCUCUUCAACCAGCUCCUCAACCAUUCCACCACAAGUGUUGAUAUCUGUGUAUUAUGUGUGUGUGUGUUCGAGUCUGUCUGUGUGUAUUUGUGUGUGGGAGAGUGAUUGUAAUGGUCUUUUUCCUCUUCUCUCUGUCUGUUCUCUCCGUAUGUACUGUGUGUGCACGUCGGCAUGAAACCCAGCACUUGACCCGAUCCUAACGCAUCUUUUCUUUAAACGGAAAGGAAUUCGUCGUGAUGCUAUACUCACAUGUAGUUGUUUACGCACAAGAGUCCGUUUUUUGUUGUUGUUAGUGUCGGUUGAAAUCAAUCUCCGAUAAUGUUCACAGGACAGAAUAAGCCGUUGCCCUUUGUAACAGCUCAACACACAAACUCAACUCAGCAAUAAUCCCACUUCCAUUAAUUUAGUGUUUUUUAUUGCCGCUCGAUAAGCAAGAUUGUAUAACUUUACCCUAGUUCAUUAUUGUCGCUUAUUUUUUUGUUUCCGUUGAAUUUGUUACUUAUUACUGUUCCAGCGAUUAUAUGUAAUUCUAUAUAUCAUUGAUAAUCGAUCAGUUGCAGUGACACAGUAGGAAUAUGUUGUGUCUCAUCACAAUCAUUUGUGGAAUGCAUAAAGUCACCCAUAUCACUGUAAAAAUGAUUAAUUGACCCAUAUCAUUCUAAAACUACAAAAUCACCCAUUUCAUUCUAAAAUACACAUAUCUCUCUGAAGUGUCCUUUAUCGAUUGUAUCAGUCAGCUGAUUGGUGCUAAAACAAUUCUGAUACAGCACUCCAGUUUAAUUCCGUACAAUAAAUGGAGAUUUCUACACAACCUUUAUUUACCCUAAAGUAUUUUUGAUAGUGUAUUUUUAUUCAAUUCAAAUUUCACAUAGGUAAUGGUAUGGAUCUCCGACACUUAUAACAGAUGACAACCUUUACACACAGCAUUGCUACUUUAGAUGUCAGACAGCUAGCUGUGACGGGGCCUACAGCACCCUUAUCAGGAUAGUGUUGUUUAAAUGAUGGUCUUACUGGCUAACUUCCAACCACAUUUUAGUCGUUGUAACAGUUAACAAUUUUUUUUCUGCAUUUUUAUCCAUAGAUCUUCCCCUCAUAACAAACUCUUUUGUUACACUGUAUGUUGUGGUGAUCCGUCUGAGUGUAAAGAUCAUAAUAUGUGAUGACCAGACAGAUAAUUCCCAACAAAAGAUUUGGUAACAGCAACAUUAUCGUUGAGGUCAAUAACAGUUGUAAUGUUCAUGAGAAGGCAACUAGAAAUGGUAGCUACUCAAACUGUCCAAUAAAGGUACUACAUUUCUGAAAUGAAA